AUGGGGAUAGGAGUGUUGGGUCUGAUCCCAAUUUCAUCUCCAGACAGUUUAAAGAAAGUACUUCAAACACUGUCUGGUAAAUGGGGAGACGUUGUUGAAGAUCUCGAGAGUUUACAAGUCAAACCCAUGAAAGGUGCAAUGACGAACGAAGUUUUCAUGGUGAAUUGGCCCACAAAAGGAAACAAAUUUCAACACAGGAAGCUUCUCGUUCGUGUUUAUGGCCAAGGAGUUGAUCUGUUCUUCAAUAGGAAAGAUGAGAUUCGUACGUUCGAGGUUGUUUCUCGAUACGGUCACGGUCCUAAGCUCCUUGGCCGGUUUACUGGGGGUAGAAUCGAAGAGUUUAUCCAUUCCCGGACUUUAUCGGCUGCGGAUCUACGUGACAUCGAAGUAUCUGCUCUUGUUGCGGCUAAGCUAAGAGAAUUUCACGGUAUGAAUGUUCCUGGUGAUGGAAAUGUGGUCCUUUGGGAUAGGAUGAGGAAUUGGCUUGGACAAGCCAAGAGUUUAUGUACACAUGAAGAUUCGGAAGAGUUUGGUCUAGACACCAUUGAAGCUGAGAUAAACUUGCUUGAACAUGAGCUGCACAACGAGUGUUUUAAGCAGCAGGAGAUUGGGUUUUGUCACAAUGAUUUGCAGUAUGGUAACAUCAUGAUUGAUGAAGACACCAAUGCAAUUACUAUCAUAGACUACGAGUACGCUAGUUAUAACCCAGUUGCAUACGACAUAGCAAAUCAUUUCUGUGAAAUGGCCGCAAAUUACCAUUCUGACAUUCCCCAUAUAUUGGACUACACUCUAUACCCAGGGGAAGAGGAACGGAGGCGAUUCAUUUAUAAUUAUCUCAGCUCUUCAGGCGAGGAACCCAAAGAAGAAGACAUAAAACAGCUCUUGGAUGAUGCUGAAAAGUACACAUUGGCAAGCCAUCUCUUCUGGGGCUUAUGGGGAAUCAUCUCUGGAUAUGUGAACAAGAUCGAGUUUGAUUACGCCGAGUACUCAAGACAGAGAUUCAGAGAGUACUGGCUUCGUAAACCCCAUCUCUUGUCUUCCUACUCCUCUCACAAGUAA